GCAGAUGGGAUGCUCUGUACUUAUUUGUUAUUUUUCUUCCUCUAGUAAAAGUCGACAUGACUCCUCCGGGUUAAAAUAAUUAAAACAAGCAACACAACACAACGUGAAAAUGGAAAAUUAGGGGAAAAACACGAAGCAAUACACAUCUGCAAGUAUGUCCUACGAGAGCACUUCUCGCACUGUCUAGCACUCGCAAAAUGCAAACAGUAGCUAACAAUGGUGAUGUUUAAGCAGGAAUUCCACUGACCGAUAUAAACCACUAACAGCGAAAACGCGCUGGCACUUCGACCAAAGAUCCUGACCUGUGGCACACCUGGACACCUUUGCCAUGGCCUUUCUUCAAGUCUUCUUCCUGCUUGCCUGUCUCGUCCUCUCUUCCCCACAGGCUGCCAAUGCAGCCGCUAACCGGCACCUUUGUGGCUCUCAUCUGGUGGAAGCACUUUACUUAGUUUGUGGAGACCGAGGUUUCUUCUAUAUUCCUAGCAAAAUGAAGAGAGACACUGAAUCAAGCUUCGGUUUGCUUUCUGGAAAGACUGGAUCAGAGAUGGAAAUGGACGAUUUUCCAUUUAAACAACAACAAGGCCAGGCCAAAGCAAAACGAGGAAUCGUUGAACAAUGCUGCGACACUCCCUGCUCCUUGUAUGACUUGGAAAAUUACUGCAACUAA